GGACAUUUUCUCCCUUUAACCACCGACAGGAAAUUGAACAGCUCAGUGAGCCUGGAGGGGGCUAGAUGGGAUGGACACUAAAGGUAGCUCUCUGCCUUCAAUGCCCGAACCAGCCAACCCAAUCAGCAUGAAGCAGCCCCCAGAGUCCCUCAGUGUACGGAAGGGUCGGGGGGACUUGAGCAGUGACCCUGCUCUGCUAAUGGACGAAGCUGCUGCCCAGCUGGCCGCCACACUACAAGACGGCGUCCUUCAUAAGAUGGCUGGCCACAGUCACAACAACCACAGCCACGAGAGGCUCAAAGACCUCACCUCCCGUGUGCUGAAUGGGGACCAAGACACGCUGCCCAAGCUUUGUGCUCCAGAGCCACCUAUGCUUAAGGGUGCUGAAGCCCCUGCUACGAAUGGCACCCAUCAGCACAAUUGCACUCCUCAUACGGAACCUGAAUUGAAGGUGACAAUACCCCAGGUGGUCAAGCAACCGCUGUUUGAACCAUGCUGUGCCAAUGGGACCAGUUUGGCCACGGCCACUGAAGGUACUAUAUCUGGACCCGGGAAGAGGCAGGACGUGAAGAAAAGGAGGGGGCGACCUAACAAACCAAAACCUCAACCAAACCUCAGUUCCUCUGUCAUCCCUGUGGAGCAACUUGACCACGCAAAUGCUGCUGAUGGAACUGAAGCAGCUGAUGAGCCUGAUUUCAUCCCCGAGCUGAAGGAGGAGGCUGCAGAAGAGUCUCCUUUGCUGAUCCGUUUCUCUGUUGGUGAUCUGGUUUGGACAAAGGUGUCUGGAUACCCCUGGUGGCCUUGCAUGGUGACCACAGACCCGGAAUUCAGCAAUCACUUCAAACAGAAACAGAAAGCCAAUAGCAGGUCAGGCCUCCUUUACCACGUGCAGUAUUUUGGAGACGCCCCAGAAAGAGGCUACAUCUUCGAGAAGAACAUGGUGUCCUUCACUGGGGAGGAUCAAUACCAGGAUCUUAGCCAGGGCAACAAACAGGCAGCCUCCCGCAUCGUUCACAAAAAGACUUCUCCCUCUGUACCCCGUAAACUCCACGCACAGUGGAACAUGGGCGUCAUUCAGGCCAAGGAAGCGCUCAGCAUGUCGCUGGAUGAGCGCAUGCUGAACUUUGCAUUUCUGUAUGAUGAUGAUGGGCCCCAUCUGAACCCCCACAUCCUUGAGAAGUUGAAGCCAAAACAAAGCGACGAGAUGAACCAGGAAAUGGAGUCACGGCUCAGUCCAGAGCUCCCCUCCCUGCUGGAUUCCACAGUUUCCGAACAAGAUACACAAGCCGACUCAGUCGUACCGCAGAAGAAGAAGAGAAGACCCAAACAGGCGCAGUCUCCCACCAAGACAGUGUGGAGAAGGAAAAAAUCUGCAACGGACAACACCUCUGACCCCGUGAAGAAAAGGAAAUCAAAGCUGGUUUCUUCGACAGAUGAUGUUUCGGAACCAGUCGCACUUCCAGUUUCAGUUCCAGUUGAUAAAGUGAAGAAAAGGCGAAAGAAAAAGACUCUUGAAGAGCAGAGGACUGAUUCCUCAGUCAAAAAGGAGCGAAAAAAGACUUCUAAAAGGCAGAUAACAGAUGCUGCAGCAGAGAAGGAUCAGCAGCCUAAAAAGAGACGCAAAAUCAGCAAAGAUGCUGAGAAACAGGACUCGACUUCAGAGGGAACGGUCAAAAAGUGGAGAAGAGGGAAGAAAACUGACAAAGACGUGAAAGAAACCAAGAGACGGCAGAAAAAGUCUGAAGAUCCUCUUACUGAUGACCAAGAUGCAGAGAAACCAAAGCGUAGGAGGAAAAGGAAAGAGGACGGUGAGAACCAGGCCACUCCUGCUAAGGCAAAGAAGAGGAGGUCCUCUCCAUGUCCUGACCCUGAGGGCUCUGGGAGUGAGGGACGUCCUGAUUCUCCGAGUGACAGCUUAGACGGGACAAAGAAGGGCGAACGGAAGAAAGAGUUUGUCUGCCAGAUGUGUGAGCAGGCUGGUGAGGACUUGGUGCCCUGUGAAGGCCAGUGUUGUGGGAUGUUUCACCUCCACUGUCUGGGUCUGUCCUUGAAACCUGACGACAAGCUGCUGUGUCAGGAGUGCAACACAGGAAUUCACUCGUGUUUCACCUGUAAGCUGUCGGAGGGCGAGGUGCGUCGCUGCCACGUCCCACACUGCGGCAAGUUCUACCAUGAGGCCUGUGCCCGCCUCAAUCCCCUCACCUUGUUCGACAACAAGGGCUUCCGCUGCCCGCUCCACACCUGCCUGAGCUGCCACUAUGGCUGCCGCACCAAGCACAAGUCCAACAAGGGUAGGUUAAUGCGUUGCCUGCGCUGCCCGGUGGCGUACCACGUCGGUGACCUGUGUGUGGCCGCAGGCAGUGAGAUGAUCACCAACACCGCCAUUAUCUGCACCAACCACUUCAGCGCCAAGAAGGGCUACAGCCACCACAGUCACGUCAACGUCAGCUGGUGUUUCGUCUGCUCCAAAGGAGGCCAGCUGCUGUGCUGUGAGUCCUGUCCAGCAGCUUUUCACCCCGACUGCCUGAACAUCGCUAUGCCUGAUGGGAGCUGGUUCUGCAAUGACUGCAGAGCCGGAAAGAAACCCAGAUACAGAGACAUCAUCUGGGUCAAGCUAGGAACAUACAGAUGGUGGCCUGCAGAGAUCCACCACCCGCGAAACAUACCCACCAACAUCCAGCACCUUCGCCACGAGAUCGGAGAGUUUCCCGUGUUCUUCUUCGGCUCCAAGGAUUACUUCUGGACCCACCAGGGUCGCGUAUUUCCCUACAUGGAGGGAGACAGAGGCAGCAAACACCAGAGGACUGGCAUCGGCAAAGUUUUUAAGAACGCUCUGUUGGAGGCCGAGGCUCGAUUCAAGGAGAUAAAAAUGAAGCGAGAGGCCAAGGAAGCACAAGAGAACAGCCGAAAACCACCCCCCUACAAAUUUAUCAAGGUCAACAAACCCUUCGGCAAAGUUCAGGUCUACACCGCAGACAUUUCUGAGAUUCCCAAGUGUAACUGCAAGCCGACAGACGAGAGGCCGUGUGGGUUUGAGUCCGAGUGUCUGAACCGUAUGCUGCAGUACGAGUGCCACCCUCAGGUGUGUCCCAGCGGGGAGCGCUGCUGUAACCAGGACUUUACCAAACGCCUUUACCCAGAGACUAAGAUCAUCAAGACGCCCGGCAAAGGCUGGGGCCUGGUCUCCCUGCGGGACAUCAAGAAGGGUGAAUUUGUGAACGAAUAUAUCGGAGAGCUCAUCGACGAAGAGGAAUGCAGGGCGAGGAUCAAGUACGCCCAAGAAAACAACAUCACCGACUUCUACAUGCUCACCAUUGACAAGGACCGGAUCAUUGAUGCUGGUCCAAAGGGAAACUACUCUCGCUUCAUGAACCACAGCUGUCAGCCCAACUGUGAGACGCAGAAGUGGACGGUGAACGGCGACACGCGGGUCGGCCUGUUCGCCGUCUGUGACAUCCCAGCAGGAACUGAGUUAACCUUUAACUACAACCUGGACUGCCUCGGCAAUGAGAAGACCGUCUGUCGCUGCGGCGCCCCAAACUGCAGCGGUUUCCUUGGUGAUCGUCCUAAGAACUCAAAUGGCCAAACAGCCGAGCCAAAAGGGAAGAGGCUGAAGAGAAAGUAUAAAAAGAGGAAAAGUGAGGGAAAGAAGAAGUCUGAGGACGAGUGUUUCCGCUGUGGAGACGGAGGGCAGCUGGUGCUCUGCGACAAGAAGACCUGCACCAAAGCUUAUCACCUGUCCUGCCUGAACCUCACCAAGAGACCCUUUGGCCGCUGGGACUGCCCUUGGCACCACUGUGACGUCUGCGGGAAAAACUCGGAGGCUUUUUGCCAGCUCUGCCCCAACUCCUUCUGCAAGGCUCACCAGGAGGGGGCGCUACGCCCCUGGCCUCCCACAGGACAGGUGUGCUGUCUGGAGCACGACGAGCUGGAGGGAACAGACAACCAGGAUCAGGACAUCAAAAUGGAGACAACUGUAUCGACCGCCACUACUGCCACCAUCGGCGGCCGUCCUCCUAAAGGCUCCAGGAAGGCAGAAGGAGCCGAGGCCAAAACAAAGGGCUCUAAGAGGAAAGCAGCAGAGGCCUGAAGUGACCUUUGACCCCCCCUCAAAGAGCCAAAAGACCAAACCAGACUCUGACACCUGCUUCCCCGUUCACGAACAACUAUAAACCCCACGUCACCCCACAAAGUCUUCAAGAUCACAGAAACCAAGGCACUGUACAUCUUCGUCAUCAGGGAAAGCCGCUGAUCUCUCACAUGCUCUGCAACGACCUCUAGCUCGCCGCUCAAACUUUUCUUGUUUUUAUUUUUUUUAUUUUAUUUUUUUUACAUUUUCAGGUUUAUUUUUUUAACUUGUCUGCACUGAGGCGAACCAUCUGUGGUAAAGCACAAAGCAGCAGAGCGAGUGCUGGUCAGGAAACUUCGGCUAAUGGAUUCUAACUCUCAUUCUUCCACCAACCAGACUGCCUUUUUUAUUUUUGUUUUAUCGUUGUCUUUGUUUUCAAUAUUUGAUUUUUUUUUUAUAUAUAUAUAUAUAACAAAAGAAACCAGUUGGUUUCUGCAGAAAAGACACUGAACCAGCCGGAAGUAAUGCUGAGCAGCAGCGCCACUGUCUGCUAACUUGAAUUUCAGUCACACCCCCUCACUCAACACGGAUGAUCUUGAACAGCAGAGUUUUAUAGCUAUAUCUAUAUAUGUGUAUAUCAAAGACCAAAACUAUAAUUACUGGAAUAGUGUAAGACAUCAAACAGGUUGCCAAAUUGAUUGUUUUUAUUUUUAUAUAUAGUAUAUAUAUGCCAGAUGUAAUAUCAAACACCAAGACACUAUGGAUCGGCCUCAGAUGGCCUCUUUACUUUGAUUUCGUAGCCAUAGGUUACAUUUAACUGUAGACGUGUUUGCUAUUUUACAACCUGUUAUUUUCUUUUAGCUCAGUUUUACUUUUUAGGUUUGUUUUUUGUUUUUUUUUCUUUUUUUUUGUAUCAGGAUGUUGAACGAUAGCGCUACAAACCGUUUAUCUACCUGCCUGUCCAGAGAACGAGGGAUUACAGAAAGUAUUAAACCGAGAACGCUCUUAAACUGCCGUCUGACAUGAAAACACUACUCUGAGGUUUAAAGGUCUUUGACUCUCUCUGCUCAACGAGUAAACCAGCUAAAUGAAGGAAUGACAGCGAUGCUCUUGAACUUUUUUUCCUAUCUGAGUGUUGAGUCCUAACUUUAAGGUGCUGUUUGUUUUUCCCACUGAUGUAUCUGAAAUCUGAGGUACACAGGUUUUUAUGCAUAAACACACACACACACAUCAUGCUGUUUGGAGUCAGAAGGCCUUCGGGUGUCACUGGCCGGAUCUUUUAAUCUGUGAUAGAGUCACUGAGUUGUUCAUCUGUAGCUGAGGUUUUGUAAAGUAAGACCUCAACUUUUCUUUUUAAUCCUCAGGAGGUUUUUAGUCUCAAACUGCAUCCUGCUUGCUGUGUCAUAGUUAGCACCUUGGCUAACACCCUGGUUCUCAGUUUUUGCUUCACUUUUCACGUUUUCACUUGACAAAACAUAACUGGGAGGAAGAAAACAGUCGAGCACUGUGGCCAGUUCAGACAUUAGGCUCAGCUCUGCGCUGUCAGACUCAGUUUUCCGACGGCUCCAGCUGCACUUGAUCCUCAGCUGCAAAUUUAGCGUAAAGGCCCGUUUACGAUCUACGCAUCUGUGUGGCCCGAGAUCAGCGUCACGU